CCUCCCCUUUCCGCAGGGUGUGUGAAGGAGCUGCGAUGGUGCGUUCUGUGAGCCCCGAAGCGGAGCCCAGCUGAUCCCGGCAAGCGUCCCCAAGAUGAGCUCAUGGUUGGUCCUGCCCGCCUUCCUGCUAUGGGGGUGGGCGGCGGGCGGGGUCACACUUUCUCUGUCUUGUAGGCGUUGUGAAGGAGGCCCUGGCGGGUACACGUGCCCCAACUCAGAGAGUGCAGAGGCGUUUGUGCUCAAGACACUGCCAGAUCAGGUUCUUCAUGUGGAGUGUCGCAACAAUAUGGGGGACUUUUCACUGUUGAAGAACUGCAAUUUCACCUCAUUCAGAAAGUUUGAGUUUGAGAGAUGCCCACUGCCUGGCGUGGCGUUUGGCGAGGUAUUUCGGAGGAUUGGAGUGCCAAGCAGUGAUGUGAAAUACCUCAGCUUCACGGCAGGCUCCUGGAAUGCCUCCUCGGGUCUGGAGGAAUGGCACCUGGACUCCCUCACAAACCUUCAAACGCUACAGCUUGUUGACAACAACAUCACUUCCUUCCCGCCUGCUCUGCUGACGAAUACUCCCAAACUCGAGUUCUUUCGAUUUAUAGGAAAUCGCGUGGGCAGUCUCCCGCACACCAUGUUUGCAAGCACACCGAAUCUCGUCAUGGCAGACCUCGGGAACAACGAACUCACCAGUGUACCUGAAGACCUCUUCGCCAACCUCACGAAGCUGCUUAAUGUCAGUCUCUGGAACAACCAGUUGACCGAUAUACAGAGAAGCUUAUUUUCGGAUAUCCCAGGCCUCCGAUUUUUAGACCUGAGAGACAACUUCUUGAGUGGCUUCACAAAUAGGCAAUUUCAAGGAAUGAAAAUAUUAAGGAGACUAAACCUCGGAGGGAAUAGAAUCAGCAGUUUGAACGAGGAUUCAUUUAAGGAUCUCAGGAGCUUGGAAGAACUCGAGCUUCAUUCGAACUGGCUUGAAAGCUUACCCACAGGCAUUUUUGACAACCAGAGGCUGAUGAAGAAACUUAUCCUGAGAAAUAACAGUUUAAUAAAUUUGCCACAGAGAAUAUUCCAAAAAUGCGAAUCAUUAAAUAUGCUUGAUCUGAGCUUCAAUCAUUUGCAGUACAUAGAAAGAUUACAGCUUCCCAGUCCGAAAACUUCUCUAACAUAUCUCAAUUUGGGAAGCAACAACAUAUCCUUUUCCGACACUGGGGCCCAGUUUAUCCCGUACGACUUCCCUCUCUCUAACCAGUUGGAGCUGCAGCACAUUUUCCUAGACAACAACAGGAUCAACCAUAUUCCUACGCCAUUAAACAAUUUGUUUGUUGACCUGAAAACCGUCGACCUUUCUGGAAACUUGAUUAGCUACUUGGAAUUUCUCUCCAUUCACUUCGUGUCGGACGGCGUCAAACUGAACUUGAAAAACAACCAAAUUAAGGCAAUUAAUCUGCGUCGGUGGAAGCAUUUUCCGUUUAAUGAAAUGAUCAAGAAUGUUACAUUGUCACUGGAGGGAAAUCCAUUUACAUGUAACUGUAUACUUUACAUAUUUGCAACGAUUGUUCAGGGAAAAUUGAAUGACCAUAGUAAAACCUCAUAUCAGAUAUUAAUUGAUGAUGCUGAUAAAAUAACAUGCAUCAGCUUAGAAGACCGGCAAAUGCAUGUGAAGACCCUCGAUUUAAAAUUCCUGACAUGCAACCUGGACUUCUGCUCGGACAACUGUACUUGUUCAUGGCGUCCAUAUGAUGAUAUGUUGACUGUAGACUGUUCUUUCAAAGACAUGAAGGAAAUUCCCAUGCCGACCAAGGACAUGUACCAGCUCAAAACAAACUAUUCCGUAACCCUAAAUCUGAUGAACAACAGCCUGGCAAACUUCGACGGCCUCGACCAUCCCUUUUACACCAGACUGGCUAAUCUGACCAUUCCCUACAAUAAAAUCUCCCACAUCAAUGAAUCAGACCUUCCAGGCAACUUAAAAGUCCUGGAUGUGCGAGGGAACAACCUGACCUUCUUAUCAGACACCACUCUGGACUACCUCAAUGUGACCGACGUGGUCCUCAGCCUUGGAGACAACCCCUGGACUUGCAAUUGCGACAUGAUCGACUUCUUCACCUUUCUGCAAGUCCCUGAGAGGAAGGUAUUAGACUCCAACAACAUUAAGUGCGCCAGUGAUGGAGAGCUGCUGUUGAGCAUCAGUGAAUAUACCAUCUGUCCAUCAUUCAGAAAUCCCAUGGUUAUCGUGACAAUCGUGCUCAUCACAGUCUUCCUUCUCCUGUUUGCGGUUCUUGGUACGAUGAGUUUCUACAAAUACAAGCAAGGCAUCAAAGUGUGGUUGUUUACCCAUCGCAUGUGUCUUUGGGCCAUAACAGAAGACGAAUUAGAUGCCGAUAAGAAAUACGAUGCCUUCAUCAGCUAUUCUCACAAGGAUGAAGAAUUUGUCAACACCGUCUUGGUGCCAGGACUGGAGUCAGGCAACCCCAAGUACCGCAUUUGCCUUCACUACCGCGACUGGAUCCCAGGAGAAUACAUCCAGAACCAGAUCCUGCAAAGUGUAGAGGACAGCCGUCGAACUAUUGUGGUGCUUUCGUCAAACUUCAUCGAGAGCGUGUGGGGCCAGCUGGAGUUCAAGGCGGCUCACUCCCAGGCACUGCAGGACAGAACUAACAGGAUAAUAGUCAUUGUGUAUGGCCAGGUUCCUCCCGAGAGCGAGUUGGACGAGAAGUUACGACUGUACAUCUCCAUGAAGACCUACGUCAAGUGGGGAGACGCUAAGUUUUGGGAAAAGCUUCGGUACAUCAUGCCACACCCACAGGAACUUAUACAGAAGAAACAGCAAAAGAACAGAAAUGCAGACAAGCUUGAACUUGUUAAAUCAAACUCGAAAAGUGUAUAACGCAAAUUGAACCCAAAACUUUUUUUCCGUGUACAUGAGUAGCUGGACUACUGUCUUCACAGUGAUGACUCGUUCAAAGAAAGUGUUCCAGAUAUGAAAACAUAUAUAGACAGAUGAAUAUAUAUAUUUAUUUAGAAAAUUAUAUGAACUUAUUCCCAACAGUUCCUCAGAUAGUAGGAAUGUGGAUACAAAUGUUGUAUGCAGCUAAACUUCUUACAACAUUGACUUCGUACCAUUGGUUGUAAUUUGCCACUUGGCUGUGACCUGUAUUGUAAACCAGGUACAUAUGUAUAUAGCAGGUUUAUGAAUAUGUAUAUCAUUCACCUUUCAUUUUCAUCUACAACUGAAGUGAUUCAUUAAACAUUGUUCAUGAGUAUGAUGGUCUUGUAUCUUUGAUAUUUUUUGAUAAAACUAUUGGAUUUUUGUACAAGAGACGAUGGAAAAAGCAAAUAAUUUUGUUUACAAAGAGGAAUCUAAUUUUGCACAGUAACAGUGCUUUCAUUAAAUUAAAUUUCAAAGUGUGUGCUUCUGUUUCAGCUUUUGAUACUGGGACUUGCAUAGGUAGUGCCGAGUAAAUAGCUGCUUGAAACUAAUUUUCUGCAUAUGACUCCUAAGGAUAGGAUGAGAAUGGUGUGUGUUAAAGAGCUGUGGUCAGUAGAUUUAAAAAUUCCGAAAUGGUGGAAGGUCUUUAAAGUUAUUGUUACGGUAUACAGGACAAGUAACUUUUAAGCUUGAACAUGCAAAUUUCUUGAUAGUUUGAUAACGUGAGCAAGGGAAUACCACAAUGCUCCAUAGAUGUGGAAAAUGCUGUAAAGCAAGGCCAUUCAUAAUUGCUUUAAGGCUUUCAUCAAGGCUUCCAGUAUUAUCCAAGCAAGGGACCAGUUAACGACUUUUCUGUAAUAUGGGCAGGACCAUUAUAUCCGAAUAAAAAUAUGAAAGACUU